AUGGCUAACAUGAAGGUUCUCCUUUCUGAUCUUCGGGCCGGUCGCUCCUCAUCAACCGUUCAAGUCCGGCUGCUACGCUUCUGGGAAGCCAAGAAAUUUCGCUGUGGUGGAGAGGUCAUGGGCGUGGACAUGCUCCUCUUGGAUUCUCAG